UUUCACUGAAACUUAUUGAAAAUACUGAGAUUAGAGGUCUGAAAGAAGAAGGAAAAAAUAACGUGUAGUAAGAGAUGUCUCAGAAAAAGUUAUUUCAAAGUUUUUCUCAAAUCAUUAUACGAUCAUCUACUGCUAUGUGCAACAGAUCGUACGCUAGAUGGGUUCACAGAAAACCGGCCAAAGUGUUACUUCCUUACGAAAAUACAAAAGUAGAUUUAAAGAAGGAGAAGAUCAUUGAUUUGGAUCCAAGUACAAUGAAAAAUAAUCAAACUGAAGGAUUCCCGAAGUCUUCCGUUAUAAAUUCAGAACUGAAAGAACCCUCGCCUAAAUUUUCAAAAGAAAAAUGUAAAGAAAUAACAGAGCAAAGACAAGAUAAAAUCAAAAGACGCGAAUUCUAUUUGAACCAGCAGAAAGUUUUUAACGAAAAUAAUGAAAUAAUGUAUGAAAAGUUGAAGGGAAAUGAUGGUCGCGUUAGCACACUUUUAGUAAAAUCAAAGUCUAAAAAAGAUAGAGCUCGCUCUGGAUUGUCAUUGGUUGAAGGCUGGAGAUUGAUUGCUGAUGGUCUUCAAGCUGAUUGUAAACUUAAAUACAUCAUAUUCAGCCGGCUUGAUGAUUUAUAUAAGAUACGGCCCUUCUUACCAACUGGUGGAGUGAAAAUUUAUAAAAUACCAUAUAAAGAUAUAGAAAUGUGGUCAGAUGUUGAAACUUCACCUGGAAUUUUUGGUAUAUUUGAAACACCAACACCUGGGAAUAUUAAAAAAAAAUCUAAUACAAUACCAUUGAAUUUUAUCUGUGAUAAUAUUCGUGUUCCUGGUAAUUUAGGUGCUAUAUUGCGUGCUGCUAUGGGUGUUGGGUGUGAAAAAGUACUACUGACUAAAGGUUGUGUAGACUUAUGGGAUCCAAAAGUUAUAAGGAGCGCUGCAGGUGCACAUUUUAGAGUACCCAUCUAUCCAUCAAUAGAAUGGAAUGAAAUGCCUGAACAUACAAGACCAGAAUCAGCGAUUUUCAUAGCUGACAGUAAUCCAAAGAAUACAGUUGAAGAUAGCCAUGAUUCUCUGGCUUCAACUAUACCUGUUUUGCCAUACUAUGGUGUUGAUUAUUCUACUUUUAGCCAUAGCACAUUAAUUAUAGGAGGUGAAACGGAAGGUAUUAGUGAGGAUAGUUAUGAGUUUGCUUCUAGUCGAAAUGGACUGAGACUGAAUAUUCCCCUUAUAGAAGGCGUAGACAGUCUGAACACUGGUAUGGCGACAGCUGUAAUUGCAUGCGAAAUAAAAAAACAAUUCGUUCAAGCGUGGAGCAAAAUGAAAAAAGAAAAGGUUGAAGCAGAACUUAACACAUAAAUUUGUAAUUAUCAUAUUAGAGAGUAGUGUUCAAAUGUAGAUAAAAUAAAAAUUGACAAAAAAC